AUGAAAAUGAAAUUUAUAAAUCUUUUAUUUCCAAUUUUCUUAAUAUUGGGAGUUUUUCAAAUUUCAAAUGGCCAAACAAAUCCAGAUAAUUGUAAAGCUACUUUAAAUGGUUUGGAUUAUGAUUUCAGUAAGUUCAAAGAUCCUUUUCAAUAUGAUUUAACUCCUUAUUCAUUAUAUUUUUCAAUUUGUUCUGUAUCACCAAAAUGUCCAAACUCAACAAAUGUUUGUAAAAAUUAUGGAAAAACAUCUAUUAAUUUAGGAGACUUAAAUAAUUCAACUUUUGUCUCUUUACCAAAUGGCGGUGUUGGUGGUUCAAUAAUUACUUUUUCAAAACAAAAAUGUUUAAAUGGUGAAUUCAGACGUACAAAUAUAACAAUGCUUUGUAACAGAAAUGGUUCUGAUGCAGUUGAAAGAGUAAUUCAAGAUGGAUUGUGUUCAAUGAAUAUAAUUGUUUCUGGUAAUUCAGCUUGUCCAUCCUCAACACUUCCAAAUAAAUAUCCUUGUCAAAUUGAAUUAGAUGGAAAUAAUUAUGAUUUUAAUGAUUUUAAAAAAGUACCAUUUUAUUCAUAUAGUAAAGAUGGUAUUGAUAUUAAUUGGAAUGUAUGUGGUGCACCAACAAAAUGUAUUGAUAGUAGUGUUUGCUUUAGAAAUGGAUCAAGCAUUGGUAGUAUUGAUUCAGUUGGCUUUGAAUCAUUGGGUAAUUCAUCUUUUGGUGCCAGAAUUACAAGUACAAGUUCAACAAUGAAGUGUAAUGGAGGUAAACAAUUUAUUCAAUCUCGUAUCAAUUUAAAAUGUUCCUCUAAACCAACUCCAACUGUUGAAAGAGUUGAACGUAUUGAUGACUGUACUUUUAACAUUUUAAUGAGUGGUUCAGCAGCUUGUCCAACUAACAAACCACCACAACCAAAAACUCCAAAAUAUUAUUGUAAACCAAAUCUUAAUGGUUUAAACUAUGAUUUUACAGGAUUUAAAAGUGAUCCAUAUUAUACUAGUGUACUAAAAGGUUUAACAAUUAAUUGGAACAUUUGUUCAUCACCAGCUUGUUGUCCACGUCAAACUGCAUGCAUUAAACCUGAUAAUUCUUUAAUUGGUACUAUUGGUGACUAUGGUAGUGCUACCAUUAAUCCAUUAGAUAGUGAUGAUCAAUAUGGCGCUGUGAUUACAAGUAGCUCAUCAAAUAAUUUGUGUCAAGGAACAGGUAAACCAAAAUCAACUACAAUAACCUUACUUUGUAAAGAUUCACAAUAUACAUCAAUUAGUGUCAAUUCUACUGAUGACAAUUGUAAUUUCAAUAUUGUCAUGAGUUCAAUUUUAGCAUGUCCUAUGACCUUACAAAAUGAUGUUUUCGUUCAUAACCCAAAUCCAUUUAACAAACCAACUCCAAAACCAACUUCUCCACCCCUCACCAAAAAACCAACUUCUCCACCAACUCAACCACCCAUUCAAUCACCAACAGAAGAAUCAUCAAGCCAUAAUAGUGAAAGUUCAAGUGGUCAAACAUCAAGCAGUGAAUCUAACAAUAGUCAAUCAAAUGAAGAUUCUAAUCAUCAAAGCUCGGGCAAUCAUCCAACAAAUGAUUCUAGUAACCAAGGCUCCGGUAGCCAUUCAAACAACCAUUCAAGUAACCAAGGUUCUAGUAGUGGACAAGAUAGCUCAAGUGAAACUUUAAAAAUCCAAAAUUCAAAUAAUGAAUCUAGUGAUGACCAUAGUUCAACAAAUAAUGAAUCAAGCAGCCAAGGUUCAAACAAUGAAUCUUCAAAUAACGAAUCUAGCAACCAAGGUUCAAACAAUGAAUCUUCACAUAAUGAAACAAGCAACCAAGGUUCAAAUAAUGAAUCAUCACAUAAUGAAUCAAGCAGCCAAGGUUCAAACAAUGAAUCAGCACACAACGAAUCAAGCAACCAAGGUUCAAACAAUGAAUCAUCACAUAAUGAAUCAAGCAACCAAGGUUCAAACAAUGAAUCAUCAAAUAAUGAAUCAAGCAACCAAGGUUCAAACAAUGAAUCUUCACAUAAUGAAUCAAGCAACCAAGGUUCAAACAAUGAAUCAUCAAAUAAUGAAUCUAGCAACCAAGGUUCAAACAAUGAAUCUUCACAUAAUGAAACAAGCAACCAAGGUUCAAACAAUGAAUCAUCACAUAAUGAAUCAAGCAGCCAAGGUUCAAACAAUGAAUCAGCACACAACGAAUCAAGCAACCAAGGUUCAAACAAUGAAUCAUCACAUAAUGAAUCAAGUAGCCAAGGUUCAAACAAUGAAUCAUCAAAUAACGAUUCUAACAACCAAAAUUCAAACAAUGAGCCAUCAAAUAAUGAGUCAAGCAAUCAAAGUUCAAACAAUCUAUCAUCAAACAAUGAGUCAUCAAAUAAUGAAUCAAGUAACCAAGGUUCAAACAAUGAAUCAUCACAUAGCGAAUCAUCAAAUAAUGAAUCUAGCAACCAAAGUUUGAACAGUGAAUAUAACAAUGAACCAAGUCAAGGUUCAAAUAGUGAGUCAAGCAAUGAAUCUAGCAAUCAAAGUUUGAACAGCGAAUCUAACAACGACUCAAGCAGUCAUGGUUCAAACAGUGAAUCAUCAAAUAAUGAAUCAAGUAGCCAUGGUUCAAAUAAUGAAUCAUCAAAUAAUGAAUCAAGUAGUCAAGAUUCAAGCAACUAUAGUUCAAACAAUGGAUCAUCAAAUAAUGAAUCAAGUAGCCAAGGUUCAAAUAAUGAAUCAAGCAACCAAGGUUCAAACAAUGAAUCAUCAAAUAAUGAAUCAAGUAGCCAAGGUUCAAACAAUGAAUCAUCACAUAAUGAGCCAAGCAACCAAAGUUCAAAUAAUGAAUCAUCAAAUAAUGAAUCAUCAAAUAAUGAAUCAUCAAAUAAUGAAUCAAGUAGUAAAGGUUCAAAUAAUGAAUCUUCAAAUAAUGAAUCAAGCAACCAAGGUUCAAAUAAUGAAUCAUCAAAUAAUGAAUCAAAUAAUGAAUCAUCGAAUAACGAAUCAAGUAGCCAAGGUUCAAACAAUGAAUCAUCAAAUAAUGAAUCAUCGAAUAAUGAAUCAAGUAGCCAAAGUUCAAAUAAUGGAUCAUCAAAUAAUGAAUCAAGUAACCAAGGUUCAAACAAUGAAUCAAGUAGCCAUGGCUCAAACAAUGAAUCAAGCAGCAAAGGUUCAAACAAUGAAUCAAGUAGCCAUGGUUCAAACAAUGAAUCAAGUAGCCAAGGUUCAAAUAAUGAAUCAUCCAACAAUGAAUCAAGCAACCAAAAUUCAAACAAUGAAUCAUCAAAUAAUGAAUCUAGCAGCAAGGGUUCAAAUAAUGAAUCGUCAAAUAAUGAAUCAAGCAGCCAGGGUUCAAAUAAUGAAUCAUCAAAUAACGAAUCUAACAACCAAAAUUCAAACAAUGAAUCAUCACAUAAAGAAGAAAGUGAAUCAAACAGUCAUCAAAGUUCAGAAACUGAAUCCAAAGAUCAAGUUUCAAAUAGUGGAUCAAUGAAUCAAAGUAGUGAGUCAAGUGAAUCAUCGUCUUUAUCAGAACAAAGCUCUGCUUUUGAAUCUUCGUCAUCAUCGAGUGGUAAUUCUCAAUCAAAAUCAAGUGAAAAUGACGAUUCAUCUUCUUCCUCAGGUAGUAAAAAUUCAAACUCUGCACAAAGUUCCGCAUUCUCCUCUUAA